CCCCCCCAGGCAGGAACAGAGCCAGUGUAGCUAGAAAGGAAUGUGUGAGGAAGAAUGGUAUGAGAUGUGAUCAGAGGUGGGCUGGGGUCAGACUAUGGAUUCUGCAGGCCAUGCCAAGAGGCUGACAUUUCUUCUAGGAGUUGUUGUUAAUUGACUCAACGAGGUUCUGACUCGUAGCAACCCUAUGUGUUGCAGAGUACAACUGCUGCAUAGGGGUUUCUUGGCUGUAACUUUAAUGAAAGCAGAUCACCAGACCUUCCUCUGUGAUACUGCUGGGUAGGUUCGAACCACCAACUUUUAGAUUAGCAAUUGAGCACAAACCAUUUGCAUCACCUAGGGACCUGCUUCUAGGAGUAAUAGGAAUGUGUUUGGUGAAUUCUGAGCAGAAGAGUAAUGUGGCUUGAUUGCCUUUUAUAAGGACCCCUAUGGCUGCUGUGUGGAGAAUGGACUUUGAGGGAAUGGAGGAAAAGUGGAAGCAAGGAGAUUAUUGCAAGAGUCUAGAAGGCUAUUGAAACAAUUCAGGUUGAAAAUGAUGGUGACUUGGAUCAGGGUCGUGGUGCCGGAGGUUGGGAGAUGUGGUUAGAUCCUGGUAUAGUUUGAAGAUAGAAGCAAGAGGACUUGCUAGUAGACCAAAUUCUCCUUUGCUCAUUUAUCUCAGGAAUCCUUCACAUACAACCUGCAGCUGGAUCCUCUGUCCUUAUUGGGGGACUGAGAGGAGCAGACCCCAAGAACGAAGCUAAAUUGGGGAAUUAUCAUUGACUCAGGAGUUUAAGACUCAGGCAUUGUGUUCACCAUGAGCUGCCUUCACUUCCCAUCACUGAAUGGGCAGGGCCUCUCUCUGCUGCUUCCCUUAACCUGCUUGGCUUCCAUAGAACUAGUUAUUUACUGGGUCCCUAUUUGUCCAAAUGAAUGUGCCUGUGACCACUGGGCUGUGUUGGUGAUACCCAAAACAAUCCUCGGUGUUUGUUGUUUGUAUAUGAUACAAGGUAGGGGACAGUAUAUUCUGGGGGUGGUGUCCCUCAGACCCAGGCCAGCCACUUACUCCUGUUUUCACACAACACAGUGGGGUCAGACCUGAUCCCACAGGAAAUGCACAUACACACCUUGGCCCCAGAUUGGGCAUUUCUGGAGAGCCUGGGAAAGGCCAAGUUGGCCUUACAAAACACUCUUAAGCAGGGGUGAGGGGGUGGCAGGCAGGAGGAGGAGGUGACCUUGUCUGCUCUGGAGUAAGCAGGCCUUGCUGUUUUUGUUGUUAUGCAAUGAGAGGUGCAUUAUAAAUGCAGCCAAACAGAGAGCCCCUGGCUUCAGAACCCAGGACUACCUCAAGUCCCAAGAUUCUGUACAAGCCUCACCAAGAUGAAGCUGCCAGGCCAGGAGGAGUUUGAAGCUCCCAGUGCUUCUGAAAAUGUUCCUGCAGGGCAGCUGGAUAUCAGCCUUAGCACUGGUCCCAGCCCUGAAGGCCCUUCAGACACAGGCAGUAGAGAACUGGGGGUACCCAAGGACCCACUGCUCUUCAUUCAGCUGAAUGAACUGCUGGGCUGGCCCCAGGCUCUGGAGUGGAGGGAGACAGGCAGUUCCUCUUGGUCCCUGCUCCUGGACCUGGGAGUGAUGCCCCCAAUAACACCACCCACCCCCUUCCCUCACAGGUGGGUGCUGUUUGAGGAGAAGCUGGAGAUGGGUGCAGGUCGGUGGAGCGCCCCCCAUGUGCCCACCCUGGUGCUGCCCAGCCUCCAGAAGCUCCGCAGCCUGCUGGCCAAGGGCCUUAUACUGCUGGACUGUCCAGCUCAGAGCCUCCUAGAGCUCAUAGAGCAGGUGACCAGAGUGGAGUCUCUGAGCCCAGAGCUGAGAGGGCAGCUGCAGGCUUUAUUGCUGCAGAGACCACAGCACUACAUCCAGACCACAGGCACCAGGCGCUGGUGGGGAUCUGCUCACCCAAGAGAGACUUCUCUUGAUGAGAAGGAACAGCAUCAGAACCCCCUGAGAAAGAAGCUGCCUCCAGGGACUGAGGCAGGGGCUGUGCUGGCCGGAGAGCUGGGCUUCCUGUCACAGCCGCUAGGGGCGUUUGUGCGGCUUCGGGAUCCAGUGGUGCUGGGGACCCUCACUGAGGUGCCCCUCCCCAGCAGAUUUUUCUGCCUUCUGCUCGGCCCCCCAGUGCUGGGACGGGGCUACCAUGAGCUGGGCCGGGCAGCUGCAGUCCUCCUCAGUGACCUGCAAUUCCAGCGGUCAGCUCGUCGGGUCAGCAACGUCCAUGACCUUCUGACGGCCCUGGAUGCCUUCCUGAAGGAGGCGACAGUGCUCCCCCCAGGUCGGUGGGAUCUGACAGCCCGGAUUCCCCCGCCCAAAUACCUGCCCUCUCAGCAUAAAAGACCGCUCUCACAACUGCGGAAGGUCAAGGACCCCUCCGCCCCACAGGGGGCCCCGGCUGAGGACAGGCGCGGCCAUGGGCCGCCCCCGCCCAACCCGGAGUUACUGCGGACUGGCAGGCUGUUUGGGGGCCUUGUCCAGGACGUGCGCCGGAAGGCCUUGUGGUACCCCAGCGAUUUCUUGGACGCCCUGCACCCUCAGUGCUUCUCAGCCAUACUCUACAUUUACCUGGCCACGGUCACCAACGCCAUUACUUUUGGGGGGUUGCUGGGAGACGCCACCGACGGUGCCCAGGGGGUGCUGGAAAAUUUCCUAGGUACGGCGGUGGCUGGAGCUGCCUUCUGCCUGCUGGCAGGCCAGCCCCUCACCAUCCUGAGCAGCACUGGGCCAGUGCUGGUCUUUGAGCGCCUGCUCUUCUCCUUCAGCAGAGAUUACGGCUUGGACUACCUACCCUUCCGCCUGUGGGUGGGUAUCUGGGUGUCCACCUUUUGCCUGGUGCUGGUGGCCACAGAGGCCAGUGUGCUAGUGCGCUACUUCACCCGCUUCACCGAGGAAGGCUUCUGUGCCCUCAUCAGCCUCAUCUUCAUCUAUGAUGCCGUGGGCAAAAUGCUGAGCUUGGCCCAUGCCUAUCCCAUCCAAAGACCUGGCCCUGGCCUAGCAGGGUCCAUUGCCUAUGGCUGCCUCUGCGAGUUCCCAGGCCCAGGAGGAAAUGAGUCUCAAUGGACAAAGACAAGGUUAAAAGAUACCGAUAACAUCUUAAGCAUGGACCUAGGCCUGGUCAAUGCAUCGUUGCUGCCCCCAUCUGAGUGUGCCCAGUUGGGAGGCCACCCUCGUGGCCCCAGCUGUCAUACGGUCCCAGACAUCGCCUUCUUCUCCCUCCUCCUCUUCCUUAUCUCCUUCCUCUUUGCCGUGGCCCUCAAGCAUAUUAAGACCAGCCGCUUCUUCCCCUCUGUGGUACGUAAAGUGCUCGGUGACUUCAACUCGGUUUUGGCCAUCCUGUUGGGCUGUGGCCUGGAUGCUUUCCUGGGCCUAGCCACACCAAAGCUCAUGGUGCCCAGAGAGUUCAAGCCCACCCUCUCUGGGCGUAACUGGCUGGUGUCACCCUUUGGAGCUAACCCCUGGUGGCUGAGCUUGGCAGCAGCCCUGCCUGCCCUACUGUUGUCUAUUCUCAUCUUCAUGGACCAGCAGAUCACAGCGGUCAUCCUCAACCGCACAGAGUAUCAACUGCAGAAAGGGGCUGGCUUCCACCUGGACCUCUUCUGUGUGGCUAUGUUGAUACUGCUCACCUCAGCACUUGGGUUGCCCUGGUAUGUCUCGGCCACUGUCAUCUCCUUGGCCCACAUGGACAGUCUUCGGAGGGAGAGCAAAGCCUGUGCCCCUGGGGAGCACCCCCCCUUCCUGGGCAUCAGGGAACAGAGGCUGACGGGCCUGGUGGUGUUCAUUCUUACAGGAGUUUCCAUCUUCCUGGCACCUAUCCUCAAGUUCAUCCCAAUGCCUGUGCUUUAUGGUAUCUUCUUGUACAUGGGGGUGGCAGCACUUAGCAGCAUCCAGUUCACCAAGAGGGUGCAGCUCUUGUUGAUGCCAGCAAAACACCAGCCGGACCUGCUGCUCUUGCGGCAUGUGCCUUUGAGCAGAGUCCACCUCUUCACGGCCAUCCAGCUUGCCUGCCUGGGUCUGCUUUGGACAAUCAAGUCUACCCCUGCAGCCAUCAUCUUCCCCCUCAUGUUGCUGGGCCUAGUGGGGGUCCGAAAAGCACUGGAGUGGAUCUUCUCACCACAAGAACUUCUUUGGCUGGAUCAGCUGAUGCCAGAGGGGGAGCGGAGCAUCCCUGAGAAGGGGCUGGAGCCAGAGCAUUCACUCAGUGGAAGUGACAGCGAGGAUUCGGACCUGAUGUAUCAGCCAAAGGCUCCAGAAAUCAACAUCUCUGUGAAUUAGCUGGAGAACCCAGGAAGCUGAGCAUGAGGUGAGGGUGUGAAAGGAGUGUUCCUGGUGUCAGACCUGGAAACAUCCAGUAUGUAGACCAGCCCUGUUUUCUCUUCACACUCCAGUUCCUCUUGAACCCUGGAGUGGAGCUAGGGGUAGAAAGGUCUCUUCAGAGGGCAAGAGUGAAACAAGCAAUGGGUACCUAGGCUUGGCUUCCUGCGGUUCUGAAGUCUGACCAGUAGAGGGAGCUCAAGCUCACACUACACGGGAAUGUGGAGCUUGGAGCGGUGAGGUGCCAUGGCAAAAGAAGGGGAAGAAAGGAAUAGGAAACGGAGGAAGGAUAGAGCCCGGUCCUCCUUCCCAUUGUCCCAGAGUCUCCUCGCAUAGGCUGUGGAGAACCACACUCCAGACAAGUGGAGGGAUCCUCUGUCACUUGCCCUUUCUGCUACUUAUUCAUUUUUUUUAUUCAUCCAUAUUCAGACAUUAUGAGUACCUGUCAUGUGAGAGCCCAGCCCUGGUGGCACAGUGGUUAAGAGCUCACCUGCUAACCAAAAGGUUGACAGCUGGAAUCCACCAGCCCUAUGGGGCAGUUCUACUCUGUCCUAUAAGGUAGCUAUGAGUUAGAAUCAACUCCGUGGGAACAGGUUUGGUUUGGUCAUGUGCACAAGUGGUUUGCACUCAGCUGCUAAUCAAAAGGUUGGUGGUGUGAACUCACCCAGUGACACUGCAGAAGAGAGGCCUGGUGAUCUGCUUUCGUAACGAUUACAGCCAAGAAAACUAUAUGGAGCACAGUUCAACUCUGUAACAGAUGGGGUCACUACAAAUUGGAUUCAACUGGACAGCACUGGGUUUGGUUUGGUUUGGUUUGGUUCAGUCAUGUGAGUAUGUAGGUACUAGAGAUAAAUGCUGAGUAAGACAAUCAUGGUCCCUGACCUCAGGAAGCUUGAAUCCUAGUGAGAGAGUCAAACAAAUAAACAGGUAAUGGUAUAUGAGGGAAGCACAGGCUGUGGGAGCCGAGAGGCAUCUAACCCCUUCUUGGAAGUUAGUGAGGGUGGAGUGUGGGAGUUCAGGAAGCCUUUCAAGAGGAAUUGGUCCAUAAUUUGAAAUCUGAAGAAUUAAUAGAAGCUAGCCAGCAUGAGAUGGAAGAAGGAUGUUUUAGGCAGAGGGCACCAAACAAAACAAAACCGAAACCAAACCCAUUACCAUCAAGUCGAUUAUAACUCAUAGGACCCUAUAGGACAGAGUAGAACUGCUCCAUAGUGUUUCCGAGGCUUUAAAUCUUUAUGGAAGUGGUUUGUCACAUCUCUGCCACGGAGCAUCUGGUGGGUUCGUGAACCAUCGACGUUUCGGUUAGCAGUUGAGAGCUUAACCAGUAUGCCAGCAGGGCUCCUUCUGGCAGAGAGCAUAACAGAUACAAAAGCCUGAAACUAUUUGCCCCUGAUAAACUGAACUCUCUUUUGGACCACAGAGCACCCACUUCUCCAAGUCCCUCCAGAGGGAGCCCAAAAGUCCCUACUGGGGUUAACAGGAGAAGGGGGGAUCCAUCAGCUGUCCCAGAGCAGGAUCUCUUGGGUUUCACUUAUCC